CCUCCUGUCCAGCAGGUGGCGACACACACCUCUCUUGCUGGUGUGUAAUAUCGACAAAGAAGUGUUUUCCGGCGUGUGUGGAUUUAGAAAGUCAAUGGAUCAGUUUGGGUCGUGAACUGAAGAAUAAUGUUUUCUGUGAGUGUCCUGCGGAGGCUACGACCCGGUCUCGUCUCUGCCUCGCUCCGUUACACUGUGGUCUCGGCCGGACAGCACGGGCCGCUGUGUCCCGGCUCUUUAAUCGGAGGAGUUAGCCGGAAACAGCUACAUGUUGUCAGAAGGUCGUUCCUCAGCCUUAACAACCAGGUGCGGUCUCUGUGUCCAUCCAGCCGCUCUCUCUCUGUGCAGACACACUCCGGGGAUGGGAACCUCAUUUACACUGGCACCCUGGGCACCGCUGUGAGAGGGGUGAAGAUGUUCUCCUACAGCACCAGCGGGGCCAGCCUCUUCCUCAUGCCCCAAAUCCUCCUGAAGACCGGACUCGGCGUAAAGAGCUUCGCCCUGCAGGCCGCUUUCUGUGGCAUGAUCGGCUUCUUCACCUUCCUCACCCCCGUCUUCCUCCACUUCAUCACCAAGGGCUACGUGGUCCGUCUCUAUCACAACCCAGACAAAGACACCUACACUGCCAUCACCUACAGUGUCUUCCUCACAGAAAAAAAGUACACGUUUCACCAGAGCCAGGUCAAGAUCCCGGACGUCAGCAAGAUGUUCACCACCUUCUACGUCAACAACACGGGGAUGCUGGUAAACCCAGACCUGUUCCCCAUCCCACACAACUACAAUCACCUGAUGGGCUACGAUAAACCCUUCAGCUUCGACACAGAUGACAUGGACAGACCCGAUAAGAGCUGAGAGACUGAAGGCAAACAGGUUGACUGAGGUGUUAGCGUAUGAAUUACAUCCCCAACUCUGAACUGCACAAUACACGCACUCAGUUUCUACCAGGGUGGAACAUCUACUGAAGACUUGACAAUUGAAGUAAUCUCUCAACUUGAUUUCGUUUCAUUUUUUGUCAAUAUAUUGAUGGAUGUUUCAUGAAAAUAAAUUAUAACUUGAU